AUGAACAUUGUUCCUCCAUCUAGUUUCAAAUCAAAUAUUUCCACGACCCAAGAGGCGACUGCAACAUCCAAUGCUGCACCAGCACUACCGGAUACAUUAAGAGAACAAAAGGCCGCCAUCCCUCUUAGCACACAACUGAAUGGCAAGCACCCCCUAGAAAACACGCUCAGAAACUGGGAAAACACGCAGCAUCAAAGGCAACUGGAGCAAUACAGGCAGAUUUUUGGUAUUGCAGAACCUAUCAAACGUGAGAUGGAGUUAAGAAUCGUUGAAAGCUCAGACUUCAACCCUCUAUCCUCAGCUGGCGGCUCAAUUCACCGUGAUAUUCUAUUGAACAAAGAGGCUUCCGUUGAUUGGGAGGACAUCUACCCCGGGACAGGGUUGGCGUCAGGGGUCAAUUUGGGUGCCGAUAUUCACGCUAAAAUAGAGAAACAACUUGGUAUCUAG